AUGGACAGCUGCAGAACACGCAAAAUUCUUAGAAGGAUACAGACUCUAUGGGAAGGAUUGGAGGCGUAUCUCCACAAUCGUAACAACGCGAACAUUGAUUCAAAUCCGCACACACGCCCAGAAAUUCUUUCUCAAAAACGACUUCUCCACGAAAUACGAUCGGAUGAACGACGGAGGCGAGCCAACCGAUCGUCUGUGCUCUGGGGAGUUUCGGAACGCGUUCGUGUGCGUGCGGCCGCCGGGACAUCACGCGGGAACGGACGGGUUGUUGACCACGGCGUCGUCGUGCGGGUUCUGCGUGUUCAACAACGUGAUGAUCGCGGCGUUCCACGCGCUGGAAAAAUACCCCCAGAUCGUCAAGAAAAUCGCGAUUGUCGAUAUCGACAUCCACCACGGCAACGGCACCGAGCAGAUUCUCCAGAAAUACAACCAUCCCGAGCAGUUUUUGUUCUGGUCCUCGCACAUCUAUUUCCGCGUUUUGAUUGGCUGAACGGGUUUUUCGUGCAGGAUCUCCACCACGACUACGAGUUUUACCCGGGCACCGGCAAAACCGACCACCUCACCGACAACAUCUACAACCAGCCGCUCCAGCCGCUCUGGGAGACCGAGCAGUACCUCCGUUUCCACGGCGGCCGCGUGCUGUUCCGACACGCGGUUUCGGCGCGGUUGCUGCCGCUGUUGCGGAGCUUCGGUCCGGAUUUGAUCCUGGUGUCGUCGGGGUUCGACGGAGGCUACGGCGACGUGGGGAACCAGCGCUUCAUCCCGACGAUCCAGGCGGGCAUGGACCUGAAAAUCGAGGACUACGCGUGGGUGCUGGGGAAGGUGAUGGAGGUCGCGAGCGUCUGCUGCGACGGCCGCGUGGUGAGUCUGCUGGAAGGGGGCUACGGGUCCUACAAGCGGCAGAAGGGCUCCAACGACACCGCGUUGGUCAGAGAGCCGCUGGCGAAGAACGUCGCGGGGCAUCUGCGCGGACUGCUCGGCGAUUUUGUGGGGGAGAAGGAGAGCUCGAAUUCCCGCGGGAGUGCUGGGAACCGCGGGAAUCGCGGGAGUGUGUGCGGGUGCGGGGAGCUGCGCGAUGAGGAGAUGAUCGAGUGCGCGGUGGGGAAGAAAUGCGGCGGAUGGGUGCACUACAGCUGCGCGGGAAUCGAAAUGGGCUCGCACCAGGAGAGCGACGAGCCGUUCAUUUGCCGAUGGUGCCGAGCGGAGGGAGUCAAUCUGCAGGAGGCGAGGAAGGAGAAGGAGGAGAAGGAGAAGGAGAAGGAGAGGGAGAAGGAGAGGGCGAUGCAGGAGAAAGAGGAGGAGAAAAUGACGAUGCGGCUGCGGAGUCGGAAGAAGGACGCGGAUGGAGGGUAUUAUGGAGGGUAUCGGCGCGAUGGAGAGAGCGAUGAGGAGAAUCAUCCGCGGCGAAAACGAGCGAGAUAUUCGGGAUAUGGGCAUGCGAGUCGAGAAAGCAUUUUGGAUGAAGAUUAUGAACAAUAAAAAGUAGCGUGGAACCAACGGAACUGUGUUGAAUGAAUGAAUGAAUGAAUGAAUAAU